UGGCUGCCAAGAUUGCACUGCACAAGUCCUGCGGAUGUGUUUGUGGGUGAAAAAAGUCUUCUCAAAAGUGCAGACGUGCGAACACGGAGAGAAAACCGAUCAUUUCCUUCACACAGCUCGGGUAUUGAAACACUUUUUCCACACAGAAGAAAACAAAAACGCACCAGGAACGGUAUCGUUAAUACUUGUAGUGAACUAACAAUCAACAACGCAAGCGUUGCGCAUCCCAAACCUCAUCAUCCGGGUGGUCAACCUCCAUACCGCAUUACGCCCUUACACGUCUCGCAAUCGUUUCUGUGUAUCGUGUGUGUGUGUGUCCCUCCCCCAAGAAUCAAUCAACGAAUGCGUCACCGGGCUUCUAUCAUCUCAGCGGAAUGUUCAUAACAGCAUCUUGCGUUUUGUGGCAAAAGUUUUAAACCACCCAAAAUCCUGUCCUGCACCCUCGUCGCAUACUGAGGUGGCAGGUUUUGCGUUCCCCCAUACCCAACUUGUACGCUGGUGCGAAAAAGAGAAACACGUAUAACUGUAUCACCCGCCUUUGUAACUGUACCCUACUGCGCGUACGAAUGCUUACUCUCUAACCAACGCAAUUACCUACUUAAGACCAAAAAAAUCCAUACAUAUAAUUAUCUACUCGUGGUGGAACAUAAAAUCUGUGAAAGCUGGAGCAAUUAGAGCAACUCGCAAAACUUUCCAAGAUGAACCGAAAGGCGGAACUGGAGCGGAAGAAAGCCAAACUGCAGGCGCUCCGCGAAGAGAAGGAUCGAAGGCGAAAGGAGAAGGAGCAGAAAGAUCUGGAAGAGGCGGCCGGGAAGCUGGGCCAUUCGGAAACCAGCACACGGAAGGAUCUAGAUGAGAUGCUUUCGUCGCUGGGUGUGGCACCCGUGUCCGAGGUGCUAUCGUCACUAUCGUCCGUUAAUUCGGCCACUUCCGAUCAAUCCACAACCCACACACCCGACGCCAGCCUGCAGCCCAGCAUCAAUGGAAUAAGUUAUCGCAAAAAGCCGGUUAACUUAUGCCUGGUAUCCGUACAGGCAACCAACAUUCCGCCGAAGGAAACGGUCGUAUACUCGAAACAGACACAAACGAACAGUUCCGGUGGCCACGAACGCGACGUUUUUUCUUGCCAUUCCUCACCUCUGUCAGGAUAUAUGGAGGAUUGGUGGAGACCGCGCAAAGCCCACGCAACCGAUUAUUACGAUGAAUACAAUCUUAACCCCGGUUUAGAGUGGGAGGAUGAGUUUACAGGUGACGAUGAGGAAAGCUCCCUCACCCAUAUCGACCAUGGGUUCCACUCGAAGCUGCCGCCCGGUAUACUGCCCCACGGUUUGCCGACGGUUAAGGAAGUGGCACCGGCCAUCACGCCACAGGAGCAGAAGAAGGAAGACCUAAAGGAAGUGAAAGAGCUUUCCGCUGAGCAGAAACAGAUGAUCAUACUUUCGGAAGACUUCCAACGAUUCAUCCUGCGGGCGGGCAAAGUAAUGGAGCGGGCCCUGUCCGAAACGGUUGACAUCUACACAGACUACAUCGGUGAUGGCGAGGCAGAUGAUAUGAACGAUGAGAAAUCCCACGCUCGGCUGUCACUGAAUCGCACCUUCUACUGUGACCGUUGGUCGAAGAACCGAUGCGUUACAUCGUUCGACUGGUCCACCCACUUCCCGGAGUUGAUGGUUGCCUCCUACCACAGCAACGAGGAAACGCCGAACGAGCCGGACGGUGUGGUGGUGGUGUGGAACACCAAGUUCAAGAAGCAAACGCCCGAGGAAGUUUUCCACUGUCAGAGUGCCGUCAUGUCGACGUGCUUUGCCAAGUUCCACCCCAACCUGAUACUCGGCGGUACUUACUCGGGACAGAUCGUGCUGUGGGAUAACCGGGUGCAGAAGCGUACCCCGAUCCACAGGACACCGCUGAGCGCUAACGCGCAUACGCAACCGGUCUACUGUCUGUCGAUGGUCGGCACCCAGAACGCGCACAACGUCAUCUCGAUCAGCUCGGACGGUAAGCUGUGCUCGUGGAGCUUGGACAUGCUGUCGCAGCCGCAGGACGUGCUGGAGCUGCAGCACCGCCAGUCGAAGGCUAUAUCCGUCACCUGCAUGGCGUUCCCGCACAACGAGGUGAACAAUUUUGUGCUCGGCGGCGAGGACGGGUACGUCUACUCGGCCAGCCGGCACGGUAACCGGUCCGGCAUUGGCGAAACGUACGAGAAGCAUCUCGGUCCGGUGACGGGCAUCUCGGCGCACCAUAACCAAUCGUCGCCCGACUUUGGCCAUCUGUUCCUUACCUCCUCCAUCGACUGGACGAUCAAGCUGUGGAGCUUGAAGGACAACAAGCCACUGUACUCGUUCGAGGACAACUCCGACUACGUGACGGACGUUGCCUGGUCGCCGAUUCAUCCGGCACUGUUUGCCGGCGUGGACGGUAGCGGCCGGCUCGAUCUGUGGAACCUGAACCAGGACACGGAGGUGCCCACCGCCUCGAUCACGGUCGACGGUCAGCCGGCACUGAACCGCGUGUCCUGGACACCGUCGGGGCUGCACGUGACGGUGGGCGAUGAGGCGGGCCGGAUCUACGUGUACGAUGUGGCGGACAAUCUCGCCAACCCGCGCAUGGACGAAUGGAACAAGCUGAACGCGGUGCUGUACGAGCUGAAGAUGAACCAGACGGACGAGUUUGACGAUAAGGACCAGAAGUCACCGGUGCCGCAGAACAACACGUCACUCACAUCGCUCUCCAGCACGCCGCUCAUAUGAAACUCGAUGAUGCGACCGCACUGAGGCGGGAAGCGGGUAUGAGAUGUGGACCGAUGCAGACAUACGUCAACACAUAUUGCAUAUAUAAUUUAUACUACUCAACCUACUACUAACCUUUGCAAGGGGGACCUAAAGUAAUCAGGCUAGUUGAAUUGUAUGCGGCGGGAGUAGAACGCCAUAAAGUCAUCGUGUCUCGCGCGCUGAAGCAGGCAGAGGAGGAAGCAACAAAAAACAAACAUACUCACAUACGCGUGGUUUAACGUUGAAUCAGUCUGUGCUUACUGCUGUAGUGUAUUUAAACAUUGAAGCUGCAUUAAAGUUCCGUUUCAAUAAACAGGAUAUACAUUAUACAUA